AUGGCGGACCAAUUUAUUGGCCUCCAGAUGCUGGUCACAGUCUGUGAUCCACCUGCAAGGCUUCGGGGAAUCGUGAGCGAAGUUGAAGCUGGCCUGAGUUUGACCCUCAGUAAUGUGUGGCUACUGGAUGCCAAUCGUUGGGAGCCACGCGUCACGAUCCAGGCAAAAGAUAUCGUUGACCUUAGCGAAAUUCCUCCCGCUCCUCCUCAGAAUCCUCCUAUUAUUCCACCUACAGCUCCAGCGCAUCAAGGUCUCACCAACCCAAUUACAUCAGCCCAUCCACAACAGCCAGCCAGCCAAGCUUUCACAGACCCGGCGAUAUUGGCAGUGGGGAGCCGACCCGGAGCCGCUAGUUCUAAUACCAAUAGCUCUCCCGACAAGGUUGAGACGAGGCGUCCAGAGUCCAUCAUAAUCCCAUGUGUUCAGGUUGGAAGUACCUCUCAGGAUGCCACACCAACCGCGGCCGCGGUCGAGUCUCUGAAAGGCUUGAAUAUCAGUAACCCCCCAGCAAUUACGCCAGCGGUGGCUGCGGAUGGACCGCUUCCCGCAGGAAUUCCGGCGCAGGAGGGUCAGGGCACUGCUCAACGGAAGAAGAGGCGACAGAGAAAGUCAGGCAACACCCGUAACGGCGCGCAGGAGGAUGGCGACGUGCUGCCUCAAGCAAACCAGGUGAAGCAAACAGGCAAGGGUAAAGGUUGGAGGGAGACACCGAUCCUGCAAAGCGCAGCAUCUUUCCAGCCAUUCAACUCGCUAAAGAACGUUGGCAAGGGAAAAGCAGCCAACGACAACGACUGGGCUUCCGAAGAUGUCACGGAUGUCCAGGAGAUGGGAGAGUUCGACUUUGAAGGUGGCCUGGCAAAGUUCGACAAGCGCAAUCUGUUUGAACAGAUGAGGAAGGAUGAUCAGGUCGAGGAGUCGGACCGUCUGGUUUCACACAACCGCCAGUCCCGCCCGAAACCCGGUACAGCUGGCGGCAAAAACCUACAUCACUCGGAGAAUGUCCUCGAAAAACCGCCCACGAUCCUGAAACCUACAAAGGAUAAAGCCGCAAAGGAAACGUCCAACGACUUCUGGAACAGCGAGGCCGACGAUAGAAUCCUCAAUGGUGGUGAACGGCUGAGUGGCAGAGAAUUUGGCAGUAGACAGAGCUCGCGACGGGGCGAAAGCAAGAUAUCUACGAGCCGAAGGUCCCAGUCGCGCAAAGCCAGCGCUGUCAUCGCUGGACAAGGAUCGACCAGGGUCAGUUCUGGUGUAAGCAACCACCAAAUGCGCUCUGCUAGAAGCAGCCAGCCGGGCAGCUGGUCGUCACAGUCAUUUAUUAACAAGAAGAAGCAGCUCGCCGGCAACACGAGCGCGAAGGGCUUCCACCUCCUCCCAUCCAAUCGGUUGGUCGAGACUGUGUCUGCGCUCCAGAUGCUGAACCUCGAAAACAUCGCGCAUACCGAGCUUGGGCUGAGUGAGGAUAUGAUGACGGAAAAUUCAGGCCGUGGAAUUGCUGAAGUGACGCUAAUCGCGCUGACUGAUCCAGCCAUCAAGGUACGACAUGCAGCAUCCGUGGAUCCUACCACUGGGAACAGCCCGCCCCCGACCGUUGUGAUUAUGGCCGGAAAUAAUAAGUCGGGCAUCCGUGCUGUCGCAGCCGGUCGGCACCUGCGCAACAAGGGCGUCAACGUGCUGGUGUGUGUGGUCGGGAUCGAGCGGGGCGAGCGCGAGCUCCUCGAGGACAUGCGCCUGCAAGUACGCUUAUUCCGCAACUUCGGCGGCCGAGUCUUCUCCAAGAUAGACCUCUUCGACCACCUUCGGAAGGCGAGCAUCCCGAUGCUGACAAUCGACACCCCACGAACCUCACUGGCCAGCCUUGCCAAGCCCGCGACGGUGACGCUUAUCAUUGACGCUCUCCUGGGGCUGGCGAUUUCAUUCGAGGAGCUCCGGACCGGCGACCAGGCAACCGUCUACGAACUCAUCGAGUGGGCCAACCGCAACGAAGCCUUCGUCCUGGCAGUCGAUGUGCCGAGCGGUAUUGACGCGUCGUCGGGCAAGGCCAGCAUCGUCGACGGCAACCAACUCUACGUCAGGCCGCGAUACGUGGUGUCGAUGGGUGCGCCCAAGCGAGGUCUUCUCGAGGCAAUGGCUGCCGGGGAUGAUGGCCCGGGGGGGGCGGGACCUGGUAACGCCGCGCUCCCCGACGAUAGCAUCACAGAGUGGAAGCUGUUCGUCACUGACAUCGGCCUCGGCGCAUCCGUGUGGAAGAAAGCCGGCACUAAGAUACGCCGGGGAAUCGACUUUGACGACAAGUGGGUUCUCGAGAUGAGAUACCAGGGCACUCCAAUGGGGGAGGACGAGCUUGUCUAG